AUGGGGGACGACACAAGUUUUAGCAGUAGGCAUAGACGUGCUGCAUAUAACCCUCUUCGACCUUAUUGCCCACCUAUUCGACAUCAACUCCACAACUACACCUCGAUUGCUUCGGACGAUGCUACAACCGACAUUAUCUUGACCGAGGAUCUCGGCGAGGAUCACGCUGUCUUGCAAGAAAUGACCACGAGCAGCUUGAGUUUGGCAGCCUACAAAUACCUAAUGACCGUGAUCAACAACCCCUUGGACGUGGCAACAACAUUGCUGCAAGUUCAAUAUGCGCCUCAUACCAGUGUGGAAGUUAUUGCGUCUCAAGAAAGUAUUCAACAGCAACAACAACAGCAGCAACCAACAACCCCUGAUGUAUCAUCGUCUUCUUCAAGCGAGGAUGAAGAUGGAUUUUUUGCACGACCCAAGCCUAUGGAUAGGAAGAGAAGAUCCAUAAAGUCGCAACGUCGUCGAUCGAGUCAGCAGUUGAAUAUACCACGUAGUGUCUAUGAUGAUAGCAGGCGACCUGAAUACCAAAUGGCACCCAUCGAAGAAGGAGGCAUUACCAAGGUGCUUCAACGUAUCACAAUGCAAAAGGGUGAAGGAUGGAUGGCUCUUUUCAAAGGCCAACGUCUUGCAUGGAUACAUGACUUGUUAUGGGGAAUCAUGCAACCAGGAUUACGUGCAUUUCUCAAUGAUACUUUUGGUUUAUACGACGACUCAGUAGCUGUGGAUAAGAUUUGGCCGAAUGUGAUUACGUCUGUUGUCAGCCAUAUUGUCGUGGGCGUGUUGUUGAGUCCUUUGGAGAUUAUACGUACUAGACUUUUGGUACAAUCCACUUCUCGCAGCAAAUACAAGAGUAUCUUUGGUGCAGUGAAAGAUCUUUACAAUGAGCAUGGCAGCAUACGCAACGUUUACGUUUCCAAUAAUCUUAUUCCUACCAUUGUCUAUCAUGCUGUUCGACCCCUUAUUGCCAGCACCAUACCAGCCACCAUUGAUCGCAAGUUGGGAAUCUCUGCGGCCGAUUCACCUAUCCUGUACGGUACAGCAGAGUUAUCGUUGCGCUUGUUGGGAUUGUUGGUGGUAUUCCCCAUUGAAACGAUUCGAAAGCGUCUUCAGUGUCAGACACCCGAUUUUGAUACCAUGGUUGCUUUACGACCGAUACCCUAUUCAGGCAUGUUGGAUGCAAUGUAUAGAAUUAUGAAGGAAGAAGGGGCCAAGCAAAGACGUGAUACGCCAGCAGUCAAAUCGGGUGCAUUGACUGACAGCAGUGAUACGGAUGAAGAUGAUGAUUUCCUGCCAACAAAACGUAACACAACAAAGGCGACCACAACACCUACGAGUGCAUGGGGUAUUCGUGGCCUGUAUCGAGGUUUGAGUAUCCAAGUAGCAGCAACGAGUGCUGAUUUUAUUCUACGUGUGAUUGAUGGGAGUGAUUGGAACGAUUUAGCAUGA